UUCCAUUGAUUUCCAGGAAUACAUUCCCUGAAAGUCGUAGGGCGAGUGGGAGUGGGCGGGUCCGCGCCAGAUCACGUGAUGAACGAGGGCCAGUCAGGAGCAGCGCCAGGUAACCUCCACUCCAAUCAUCAUGCCUCCAGCGAUGACGUCACCAAAUUCAACGGUGACGUCACGGGCCGCGACAACCUAUCGGAGAACACGGCCAGUUUGAUCAGCCAAGCCACCGACAUCGAGUUCGAACAUGACACCGCCGACUACCAGUGGUUACUCGAUUAUGACCUGCCGUGCGCUAGGUAUCGCGAGAGUUACAGCCGCGAGGUGGGCACGGCGGCGUCGCUGUGCCCCGGCCGCGACGGCUCGGGGCGCGUGUCGGUGCUGGAGCCGAGCCAGGGCCAGCUGCAGGACCUCUCCUACGAGACGCUGGCCCGGAACCUCGACGCCAACCUCGCCCAGAUCGACAUGGACGACUUCCACAGCGAGGACAUCCACAACAUCCUCACGCUGCCCACCAUGUGCGGCGAGUUCCAGAGCGCCGAGGACGGGGAGAUGUUCGCCAGCGUCUCGGGCUCCAUGAUGGAGUACGACCUGGACGACGAGCUGGAGGCGGAGGGCGAGGAGGAGGAGUACAGCGGCGUGAGCGGCGAGCUGUCCCUGUACCAGUCCGGGCCGCUGUUCUCGCCGCUGAAGGAGCCGCCGCCGCUGGCCAACACCACCUUCAGCGUGGACUCCCUGGACUGCGACUCCCUCCACGACGACCUCAUCCUCACCUGCCAGGCCAACAAGGACAACUACACCAUCGCCUUCGAGGGGUCCUUCGUGCAGUACUCCGAGGACUCCGACUACCACGAGGCUGUAGAGAGCGAGUCGAGCGGCUGCAGCCACCACUGGUCGGGAGAGCGCCUGGAGGGCCGCUGCUCCGCGCCCUCCAUGACGCACUCCGACGAGCCCUACACCACCUGGUCGAGAGUGAGCCGCAGGUCGUCGCGAACGCCGGAGGUGCCUUCGAGGGCAACCAUCGCCCACCCGCAGCCGGGAGGGGGCAGCCGCGGGGCCGAGAGCGCCAAGCCCCCCGCCCAAGGGCAGUCGAGCAGCAAGAGCAACAGCAUGCCCAACCUCAUGCGGCGGUCGCUCAUGCGGCGGUCGCUCGAGGCGGCCGGGGGGUGCGUCAAGGUGUUCGACCUGCAGAACAGCAUGCGCUCCAGCCAGAGCAGCAGGACGAUAGGGAACGAGGCGAGCAACUUCUCGCUGGUGAAGCUGUUCAUGCGGCAGAAGAGCCUGAGCAAAGAGGCCGUGAGUCUGUCGUCGAGCAUCUCGCAGGAGGGCGCCUGCUGCUCCAGCUCGGACAACCAGUCCAACGUGCACGACUCCUCCGACUGGCCCAUGAACAGCCAGUCCGAGAACGACAUGGACGGGAGCGCCUCGCCGGUGCCGCCGCCCACGCUCAUGAGGCAGAACGGCGUCGUGUACCACGAGCGCGGCUUCCGGCGGAGAAGAGGCUCGCUGGGGGCGCCGGAGAUAACGCCGAGAGCCAACAACGUCACCUCGAACCUGCAGGACUUCAGCGGCGACACCACCACCAACACGGGCACCACAGACACAGCUGCUAUCACUGCCAAUGCCCAGCAAGACGGGCUCCUAAACAACAACAACAACAAUAUAAUAUCCGCAGCAGCAGUGCUAGACAACAACAGCGUCCAGCUCACGAACACCAUGGAUAACGUGACCAGCUUUGAGGACAGUCUGAAGGAGACGAGUCCCUGCUCCAAGCCGCCCGUCACCAGCCCCAUUCGGGAGGAGCCGGAGGGCAUGGACAUUUCGAUGGACAGCCGAGGGGAGAGCAAGGUGCUCCUCGACCAGUCGGAGAAGGAGACGAAGAUCGCGGACGUGCUCAGGCUGAGAGACAACAAGCUGAACAUGGAUAAGAACAACAUGUCUCCCAUCAAGAACAUUGCCGGCAAGGACAAUGGGAAUAAGAACAUGAACAAGAAUGCUUUCAACAUCCGCGUGGACGACCGCAAGAGAUCCCAGUCCCCGGGGACGCCCAAGAAGAGUGGCGGCAGCAACCGCCGCGAGGGCCCCAACAGCACGCCGCGCCGCAGACAAGACUCCGGCAACUCCUCCAGCGGCUACCUCUCCAACAGGGGUUCCACAGAGAAGAUCAGGAGACCUUCAGACUCUGACGCUCCCCAGCAGAAGCCUCGACCGAAACCCCGAGUGCUGAAGCAGAUGUCAGACCAGUGCCUUCAGACUUCCAACAUGAAGGUGUCUGCAACCGUCAACACAAGCUUUGAUUUCGACAAGAAAGAAGUCUACGUUUAUUAUCCAAAUUAUGCCUUACCCGACCUUGCGUUCCUCAAGGAUAAGAAAUACUGCAUGGACGCCCGGGUCUUCCUCGUCCCUCAGCACUACCACAUUAAGCCUGAGGAGGUGAGGCGGGCCAGGGAGGCCAGGGCCAGGCGCCCCUUCUCGUGCGGAGACAUGGAGAAACUCAAGAAGCACGGAUUCAGCCACAUUCGGGACUGGGACUCUCUGAACUUCCUGCUGCCAAAAGAACUGAAAGAAAUGCUGCUUGAUGAGACCGAGUGCAUGGAAACCACAAAGCCCUCGUUCUGCCAGUCGCCCAAGCCCUCCCGGCGCCCCAUGAGCUGUGAUUACACGCCGCAGAGGUACUCGCACGAGCUGAAGGGAUCCGCCAGCAGCAACUCCACACAGCCUUCCUCGGGCUUCAGAGGGUCCUCGACGAUGCUCAAUGACUCAGAAGGAGAGACUGGAGGUCUGGACCAGAGAUACGUUUACAAGUAUGACAGUGCCAGCACAGACUCAGAAGGCAUUGAGAAGCCCCCACCCUUGCCCAAGAGGUCUAUAUCUCUACCCGUCGAGGAGAGACACGGGCCAGACGAUCCAGAUACGCCUCCGCCACGACCACCUCUACCGCGGGGCAUCCUGCGAAAGACUUCGUCCCUGAAGGAGGACCCAACAAAGGGGGCCGGAGGCCACAACAAACGCUACAGUGCAAUUGAUCCAGGCAGAGGCAACAUGAGGGAGGACCUGUUGAAGAGGAGAUCCUUGCAGGAGCCCAUGGAGUACAUGGCACACAGGAACGCCAGGGAGACCAUCCCCGAGGUAGGUGCCCAACAGCCAGCACAGCAGGAAGUGGAGAAAGAGCGGGCGAUGAGUCCUCCUUCCCCCAUGGGAUGCAGCUGCGUCAACCAAUGCACAGGGUUCUGUGGUAAGGGUCUUCAGAAGAAAAAUCUGCUAAGGGUCAGUGAGCUGCCAGACAUCUCCAGCCACGAGGACCUGACGGAGGAUGACCUUCUCCGCAUCAGGUCACAGGUCAGCACCUUCCUCGUUACAAAGGGAACCAGCCUAAGUCCUAUUAUGGCCGAUGUGAACGGGCCGUGUGACCUCUGCCCGAAGAAGAGUGUCAGCUUUGCAGAAAAGACUCCCAACGCCGAAGUUCCCCCAGGAGGACUUAACACAGACGGGACCGAAGAAGACCCGAGGCCGAUGGUGUACGACGCCCAUGACAAGAAGACCCUGGUGCUGUCUGUUCGCGCCGCCGUGGAAAAGCUAGUCACCCAUUUCGCCACCGCUUCGUCGCAACAAGAAAAGAUCAAACUAGGUACAAGUUCCCUGAACCCAACCGUGGCCCAGAUAGCCUUAGAGAAGCUGUGUCCUGCCGUGUACGCCCUGCUGAGUGACGGGCUGCACCCCUCCCUGCACUCCCUCUUCGGCAAGAUCAACAACUCCGUGUGGCGAGUCGUCGAGGUCACCAGUCAGAUCAGUCCCUCCACAAAGGCUCUGAACGACUUGGUGUUGACGUUGAACAGCGAGGAGUGCCUCUCCGAAGGCCCCAUCAAGUUCAAUGCUUUUAUCUUCGGACUGCUGAACAUCCGUUCCUUGGACUCGUGGAUGAGUUACCUCCGGACGCGAGAGAGCAUCAUCCAGAAGCACUACCACCCCGAGGCCUUCCUCUACCUCUCCAACACCGCCACCAGGUCCCUCUACGACGACCUGCUCAUCGCCCUCCGGCCGCUCGCCAUCCUGCCCUUCAACCUCGACCUCCUUCAUGAGUACAAGGCCCUUCACGCCAGCCUGCAGAAGAUGGAGGAGAGGCUCCUUCAGCACACGAAGGAGAGCCCAGGGGAGCGCCCUCCGUCAGUCCUGGACCACCUUCUGGCCUCGAAGGAGACCAAGGAGUUCAAGAACGCGGUGCAGCAGGACCGAGUGAAAGCCCUCAUGCGUGUGCUCACCUCCCCGGACCUCGACGAGAACGAGCUCCUGCAGUCCAUCUCAGACCACACUCGGGAGAGGUCCCGCAGUCCCAGACCGAGGUCGUGCUACGAACACGUGGCCAACGAGGAGCAGAACACGACACUGAGGAAGCGAUGGAGUGGAGUCCAACUCGGCUCGAGGCUCCUCACGGCUAUUGAUAAGCUGAUGCUUGAGGAAGCUGGCCCUUCGUCCAGCGACGACUACACGGACUCCAUCGAUAACCCCAAGAACAACCAGCGGCCCAGCAAUGCCCGGGGGUUGGACGGCUCGGAAGAGAACCUCCAGACGGAUCUGAAGGUCAGUGACAUUUCCAGCAGAGAUGGAGACAUCAGCGAGCGGUCGGCGUCGGAGAAGGACACGGAGAACGAGAAGGGGGCCCGUGCGUGUGCAAACAACGAUGAUGACGACGAGGAACCGGAAGGAGUCAGAUUCAGGCGCUUGCAACUCAAAUGGGAGCAAAUGGCGGGGCCGGAGAAGAGAGCACCUCCCCCUCCCAAGGCACCAGCACCUACAGUGCCUGAGAAAGCUGUCAGUCCCAGUAGUGGCAGCAGGUCCAGAAUACCCAGGCCUGUCAGCAUGACUUCCCCGCAGCGCCCGUUCAAGCCUUUCGACCCGUCGAAAGAGAAAACUUCGCCCCAGAUCAAACCAGCACUCAUGCAAAAGCAGCACUUGAACACAGCACCAAAGGAAUUGCCAAAGCCAGCCCCGAGAAGGUCCCUGAAAGACAAGUCCUCCGUUCAAAACAGUCCAGAUGAACCAAGCAACACCGCGGUGCGUCCCCCAUCGGUGCGGUCGCGUCUGGCACCGCGGCCCAACUCCGUCAACCUCAGCCUGGCCACCGGUCGUGCCUCUUCAGUACCAGGUCGUGUGCCGAACACCGGAGACAAGACCAACAAUGCCAGUGGCAGGUACGAUGGACAGCGUAGGUAUGCCGGGCAGCAGCGGUCGGCCAGCCACGGGAGACGUGUGGCGCCAGGAGAUUCACCCAAAUUGGUGCAGACGCUCCACCACCGCAUGGCGACGGACAACGGCCACCUGAGCUUCAGCAGGGGGGACAUCCUGACGCUGGUCGUGGAGGUGGACGACCGCUACCUCCUCUGCUGCCACAACGAGCGCAAGGGACUCGUGCCGAGGUCGUCCGUGAUCGUUUACGAGGCAUGAGGACCGCAUCGUCUGGAGGAAAGGAGCGAGAGAAAGAGAGAAACAGAUAGAUAGAUAUAGAGAACGAGAGGAAGAGAGAGCUAGAGAGAUUAUUGAGUGUGUGAGAGAGAGAGGAAGAAAUGUAGAAGAAAGAAAGAAAAAUGAUGACAUUGUGUGCCUGAAGAUGACAAGAGAGAAGGAGGACGCAGACCAGGCUCUCCUCUGAAGCAGUUCGGGUGCUGUGGGACUCGAAAUUUAUUGGGUAAAUAGCUUAGUGCAAUAGUAGCUGUUCGAGGAAGGAAUCUUUGAUAGGAAAUUCACUCCCCCUCCCUCCUCGUCCACCCUCCACCCUCCUGUGUGUUGGGAGAAAUGUAUUAUCAGUUUUAAUUAUGUACAAAUCGAUUGAGGCUAUCCCAGAAGAAAAUAAAUUACAGUAAAAAUUCAUGACCAGCAACCAUUCCUUUAAGAAAACGAAAUGAAUGUAAUUUAUGAUCACUGAGCUUAGAGCUAUGAUAUAUUUCGAGGAAGCAGACGGCAAGAGGACAAUUGCUAGCAAUGCCAGUACAUAUAGCUUUUAAGACCUUUUAUAUGCUACUCACAAAACCUGCAACAAACACUUUAAGAGGAAACUGUACAUGAUUUUGAGUAGUAUUUUCAACCUUAUGCACAUAAUCCUUCCUGUCAUUUUCUCACUGACGACGAAAAAAAAAGAAAGAAAAAAUAUUCAUUACUUUUAAGAAUUCUUCAGAAACCUUAAAGAAAGAUCAUGAAUCCGAGAAGAGGAACAUCGGAGGCGAGUGACUUCGCUCUCUUGCCAGAUGUUUCGGCUCUCCCAAAGCUCACGACAUAAGGCUAUAGUAUUUCUCCUCAGUGUUGUCCUGGGGGCGAUGCGCAUAGCCUCAAUUCCCGCAAGUUUGGCAAAUGACACUUAAGGUUUUCGGGAAUCAUUAGAGGCGUUCUUUAUGGAUGGAAUAUACUGUGACAUCUUCUUUUAUACUCGUUCAUUUUUUUUUCUCUCUCUCUCGGUGAGAUUACCCAAAUUUUACAGUCUUAGAAUCGUCAUUUCUUUCCCCCCGUUUCGUUUCGUCAUUUAUUUUGUACAGAAUCCGUUCACUAGCAUUUAUUUCAAGGGGAAACACAGGUAAAACACUAACAACUUGAUGAAAAUAAUAUAACGCUAUGCAGAGGUAAGGCACGUUUUUUCUACGGUCGCUAAAGGUUCAUGUAGAUAUUUUACACGCUUGACGAAACCAGAAGUCAAUCUUUUCUUGUAGAUUUUACUUAAUGGGUAUUUGAUCUCAGUAUGUGAUAUUGUACGUUAUGUAUCCGUAUUAAUUCUGUAAAUAACAAAGCACAUUUUCAAAAGUCUUUACAGUAUAGCACUAUCUGCACUAGAUACAGUUGGCUCUGAACACAUUUUUUAUUAUAAUACCAGUACUUUUCUGUAUGUAUUUUGCUCUCCGUUGAGUUUAUUAUUGAAUUAGGAUUCGAACCUCGAUAAUUCCAGCAUCAAAGCAUUCCUCCCCCAGUCAAACGCUAUUGCAGAAACCGGAAUUAGUAAGAGCGUGUGUCCAGAGCAUAACGUGUAUCGCUGCACAUCUUACCCUCAGUGUCCGGGUUACGUAGCAGCGUUAGUGGCUGUUUGGUUCUGAUGGGUCAUGUUGAGAGACUGGCUAGUUCUGCACCCUGUUGUCGCUUGCCUUGACACUUGUUCAUUUCCAUUGCUUUUUAGUUUGAAUCUUCAGGUGUUCUUUACUUUGUGUUGCAUCUUAUGUUGUUCCUCUUGGUUCCAAGUUAUUGGCGCUUUGAUUUAUAAGAGUUGGUAGGUAGGGACUUUUUUUUUUUAUUAGCUUUUAGUUGGCUUUUAUUGACCUUAGCCCAAUAGCUUGGUUGAUCCAAAUUACUAUUUUUUAUGUAGUAAGUCUGUAUUUUUAAUUUUUGUUUUAUUUUUCAUACAGACUGGACUUAAGCCUAUAUGUUUUUUUUUACAUUUAUGUUUUUAAGAUAAUGUUCAGCUUUCAACACUGAAUGCUGAAAUUUUAAAAUCUGCUUUUAUGUUACGAGGAACUAACACCUUGUAUGGUUAACCAGCUUCCUAUGUCCAAGCUGGGUAUGAGUAACUAGGCUUAUGGUCUUCUGUUGAUAUUUCCUCCUCUGUUGCCUGCUACUUAUCUAGCCAGUCCCUCAGGGGUGACACACACAGUAAGGCCGAGUAUACUACGGUAUACUACAAGGAACUUACUAACUGUCCCUCUUACUAAAGUUUAUUGCUUCCUCAUCCUUCCCUGCAUGCCUCCUGUGGGCUGUCUCGGGUUUGUCUUUCCUGUCUGUAGCUAGUUUUACCACUCUGCCUUGGUUCUUUUUUUGCUUUGGUAGUCAGGGGCUCUCCUCUUCCUGUCUAAGGGAAACCUCAGGCGGCCUGCGUUAUGUUUUUUUUUUUUUUUGUUUGGGGUUCCAUGUGGUUACAUACCGUAGUUUUUUCCUGCCUUGCGAAUUCGGAAAGACCUCGCGCUCGCGGCUUCAACCCAGCACUUUCAUUUUCCCGCUGUAAGUAUAAAGUCAAGAUUUGAAGGACUGUAUGAUUUGGCUCUGAAAAUUUCAAUGGAGGAAAAUUCUCUUUCCAUAUAUAUAAUUAAUUAUUUCAGACAACGUCUCGUACCAAAACGCCAUCCAAAGAGAAUGACGAAUGAUCCCAGCUCAGAAAGAAUUUUUAUAACUAUUCCAACUGUCACUGUUUGCCACAGCAAUGCCAGCUGUUCCUCUUUUACUAGUAACUAGACCUUUUACCUUGUAGAUGUGAAGCCUAGCAUCUCUGUGUUGUAGUAGAUCUCUUGUGUAGAUUCCCCCCUGAAUUGGUUGCAGUUAAACGAGUUGCAAAGAAUCUGCAGUGUUUUGUUUCCAUCACCCAUAGGUAAUGUUCCAGAGUAGCUAGUAAGUCUGUGUUUCUCCUUGUGAUGUAUAGAUACCAAGUCAAAACAAGAUGUAAUUAUUGUGUAAUGAAGGGAAAAAAACAAGAAUUCUUUUUAUGUAUGCUUUGUGUAAUUAAUAGGUGCAUUGUUUCUGUACAUUUUGAUAGCUUUGUUACUUAUUUUGUUGCUAUUUACCCUAGGAAUUUAGGGUUAAAAUCAAGAGUCGGAUAAGAAGCUUUAUUAUUAAGUAUAACGGAGGGUGCCUAUGUCUUGUUUCUCUAUAUUUUCGUAUGACCAAAGAAAUACACAAAACCACUUAAAACUUUGUACAUUUUAUGUAGAAUGUAAAAAUUGGUUUGUAGAUAUUACAAAAAAUAUACAUUUGGUUAAUGCUUUAAUGUAAAAUAAUAAGUUGUAUUGCUAUUGCUGAUAUAUGGUAGGUCAUUAUUUUUCUUGCCAGUACUCGUCGGACAGUCACAGAACGGACAAAUUAAGCCGAGUAUUCCCGUAAUUAGUAACUCUGUCUUAAUUAAGCGAGGGUUGGCAUCAUUAGGGUAAAGUCUCCUGAGGAUGUUUACAUUAUAUACAUGUGUAAUAUUAAUAUUAUUAAUAAUGAUAAUGGUAAUAAUAUUUAAAAAAAAAAGGAGGAGACAUCUAAUCCAGGUCUCCUCAAGGUGGGUAGUUUGGCUUUCACCAUCCUAUUGUAUGUAAUGGUAUUCUCAUGUUAAAAAUAAAGCCACCAGUCUGUUUUAAAGGUUUAAUACACAAGUCAAUAUAAGAAACAGUAUCCCUCGUCACAUAACCAGAAAUUGAUGGUCAGUAGUGAUGUUACACAAUGGAUUUCUGCCCCUUCGGUAAAGCGAAUUUCGUAUGGUUUCAGCAAGGAAAUUGUGCUUUACGAAGGGCUGGUGUAAGGGUCAUGGUUGCUGAUCACCCUACUGUUAUGCAUGUCUCCUGUCUGUCUGCUGACGAAAGCAGCAUUUUGGUUUCCAUAUUCACUGCUCUAUUAAUAAGGUGAAUAAAAUAUUGGUCAGGUAAA